AUGUCACGUAAAUGUUCAUUGGCUAUUGAAUCACCAACAGAUUCAACAUCUUCAAAUUGUCCACUUAAUGCAUUCUUACUAUAUAACAACAACAAUAAUAAUAGUCUAUCUGGUGGGAGAUCAUCCAAUGAAUCACCUACACAAUAUUAUCAAGAAUCUCCAAUUUCAAGUACUGAUUCAAUAAUGGGAAUGACAGCUGCAAAUAUGCAAUCUAAUACUAGUAAUAUGGAAUAUGUUCAUAAAUCAAAUUCAUUACCAAAUUUAAAUAAAGAAGAAAUUGGUUGUAAUGUAACUAGAUUUGGUAAUAGAAGAAUAUCAAUAUGUGAUUUAAAUAAUUUUAGUGAUGAAGUAUCUCACUUAUCAAAUAAUCAUCCAGGAUAUCAGAAUUUAAGUACAAGUGAUUUAAAUGAACCAUUUCAUAGAACGAAUACAGUUUCAGGAUUUAUGUUUCAAGCGGCUAAUGAUAUUAAAAGUACUCCAUUAGUUCAUAUAGAUGAUAAAUUAAGAAGUUUUCAAUUUAGAAAUCAUAGAAGGCGGAAUUCAAUUGCGUUGAAAUUUGAUACUCCAAAAGUAUUAUAA